ACUGAUCACGUGACUGAUAAUGCGGAAGCAUGGCUCUGUCCACAAACAAGUGGUCUUGAGCUGAAUGGUGCAACAAUGUUGUUUUAUUGUGCGUUUUUCUUAUUUUCCCUGAAUGUCAAAGAUGAUGUGCUGUGUGUUCAAAGCAAGCCAGAACUCUCCGUCGGCACAGAACAUGAGACGAUCGUUCCGCUGGCGGCAGAGAGCUCGAGCUGUGGUUGCCACAACCUGAAGAGAGAAGCAGUUGUGGAUAUCGAGAAGGAAAGCUCCAUAAUAACAGAAAACCCUGCUGUCAAAUACUCGAAAAAGUCAAAUGAAAGGCAUACAGACACUCAGACGAAUGGAGAAGAAACUGAUACUCGUAGUCAGAUGGUCCUGAUCCCAGGAGGGGAGUUCCUGAUGGGUACAGACAGUCCUGGCAUCCCCCAGGACGGGGAGGGUCCCCAGAGAAGGGUGCACCUGGACCAUUUCUACAUGGACGCUCAUGAGGUCAGCAACCGCCACUUCCAGAGCUUCAUCAAUGCCACGGGCUACAUCACUGAGGCAGAGAGGUUUGGAGAUUCGUUUGUGUUCGAGGGGGUGUUGAGUGAGGAGGUCAAAAGCCAGAUAUCCCAGGCAGUGGCUGCUGCCCCCUGGUGGUUGCCUGUCAGAGGAGCAGACUGGAGGCACCCUGAGGGCCCCGACUCCAGCAUCACAGACAGCAGGCUGGACCACCCUGUGCUGCAUGUUUCAUGGCAGGACGCUGUGGCCUACUGCUCCUGGGCCUACAAAAGACUACCCACAGAGGCUGAGUGGGAGUACGCCUGCAGAGGGGGCCUACAUGAGAGACUUUACCCGUGGGGGAACAAACUAAAACCUAAAGGACAGCACUACGCCAACCUCUGGCAGGGAAAGUUCCCCACACACAACUCAGAAGAGGACGGGUACACUAAAACCUCACCAGUGAAGUCAUUUCCUGCAAAUGGCUAUGGCCUGUACAACAUGGUAGGGAAUGCAUGGGAGUGGACAUCUGACUGGUGGACUGUACACCACACCACAGAUGAACGGCACAACCCGGCAGGUCCACCAUCAGGCACAGACCGAGUGAAGAAAGGAGGCUCCUACAUGUGCCAUAAGGACCUGCUUGAUGGUACCGAUGAUCCUCCACUGCUGGCGGAGCUGGGUGGUGGUGCAUCCACCAGGUGGACCGUUCAGGAUGUUCUUCGCUGUCAAGUGAGGUAUGGUCAGCAACCUGUUGAGGGAGACAGAGGGAACAAACGGGGCCCAGACCCGACUGGCCAUGGUGCACUCAGCAAACAGGACGCCAGACCAGCCGAGGGCAGACCUGACCUGCAGGCAAGAUCUCUCCACGUCUUGUACACCUGUGGGGGGUCCCAGCAAUAGGGUACAGUGUGGUCGAUGGUUCUGAGGAUGCGGGUAGCAAAGUACUGUUUGAAGUAGCUGGCUUUUCUGUCUGUCUUGUGGAUGUUGGUGACCAAGUUGGAUAGUCCCUGUGCCCUAAUGAUGUUGAGGAUGUCUGGGACCCCCUUCCCACCGUUCUCAACUGCAUUGUAAAGGGUGCUGCGCUUGAGUCACUUCAUCUGUCUCCCCCAGAGAAAGGUGAACAUCAUGCAUUCUAUAUUCUUGCUGAUGGCUCUGUCUGGGGGAAACACCCUGCUUAGGUACAGGAGAAUGGGGAGAACGAUUGCCUUCAAGAGCAGGAUCGUACCCGUCAUUGUGAGGGAUCAUGCGCUUCAUUCACAGUCUUGGACAUGGCGGAUGGUCUCCUCUCAGCUGACGGAGCCAUCUCCAUCUC